GCGUUCGCCGUCGAGAUCCCCCUCAUCGGCCUGGCCCUCGGCGCCGUGAUUCUGCGGCUGUGGUCGCGCGUCGCCACCAAAGGCCGCCUGGCCACAGACGACGUCCUGAUCGUGCUGGGCUCGGGCUGCGCCAUCGCGCGUACAGUCAUCUCCUGCAUCAGCGCAAACGACAUCCUCGGAUACGACCGCAAGGGCCCCGACGAGGCCGCCGAGGUGCUGUACUACCAGCACAUCUUCGAGCGGCGCCUGGCCUACCUGUUCGCCGUGACGCUGAUCCGGCUGUCGAUUCUGGCGUCGUACCUGCGCAUCUUCCCCGCGGCGCUGCGCUCGCUGCGGCGCUGCUGCUACGCGCUGUGCGCGCUGACGCUGGGCCUGUUCGCCGCGGUGCUGGGCGUGCUGGUCGCGUCGUGCGCCGACAUCGACAAACUCUGGACGCCCGACUGGCGCGCGUUCACGGGCUCGCGGUGCUUCAGCAGCGCGGCGUACAGCUACACCGCGGCCGUCGGGGACUGCGUUACCGAUCUGUGCGUGUUCAUCCUGCCCGUGCCGUUCGUGCUGUCGCUGCACCACGUGGCGGCGCGGCAGCGGGCGACGCUGGUGCUGGUGUUCGCGCUGGGCGUGGUGGUGUGCGGCGUCGCGCUGGUGCAGGUCCCGUUCAUCAAGCGGCGCGAGGACAACGGGACGUACUUUGGGCCGGCGAUCAAUAUGCUCGUGGCGAUCCAGAUUGCGCUGGCGCUUGUGGCGGCGAGUCUGCCGGAUCUGAGGGCGCUGGUGAAGCGC